AUCAGCACGAUGCCAGGCAAACCUGCACCCAUGAAGAAGUCCCCAGCUAAGAAGGCGGCCGAAAAGGCACCUGAGCCCGCCCCAGAGCCUGCACCGGCUCGGGUAGAGGCUCCACCUGCUGAGGCUCCACCUGUGGACGCUGCUCCGGCAGUCAAGGGAGAGGCAGCAGCCCCCGCCGCAGAGACCCCUGCAGCUGCUGAAGGAGUUGCUCCAGCUGCUGAAGAAGGUGCUGCUGCUGCUCCUGCUGCAGACGCUCCUGCUGCAGACGCUCCUGAUGCAGAUGCUCCUGCUGCAGAUGCUCCUGCUGCAUAUGUUCCAGCUGCAGAUGCUUCUGCUGCAGAUGCUUCCACUCCAGAUGCUUCCGCUGCAGAUUCUCUUGCUGCAGAUUUUCCUGCUGCAGAUGAUACCACAGAUGCUGCUCCAGCUGAAGCCGCUGUAGUUGAGAAGCCACCAAAGGCCCUGACAGCCCCGCAUCCUGCAGUCCCAACCAGUGCUCCUCUUAACGUAUCUGUGGAUGAUUUGAACGAGACCAGCCUCACCAUUAAAUGGAACGAGCCACAGACCAUCGGAGACUCUGGCCUGGAUGGAUACACCAUCGAGUACUGCAAGGAUGGAACAACAGACUGGGUUGCAGCUCAAAAGGAGCUGACCACCGCUAACCGCUUAUGCAUCCAUAAUCUGACAACUGGUGACCUGCUGCAUGUGCGCGUGGUGGCUGUCAACCCCGGCGGCCGCAGUGAGCCUGGUACACUUGCUCAGCCUGUGCCCAUCCAUGAGAUUGCUGAACGUCCCAAGAUCCGCAUGCCACGUGCUCUCAGAGCCUGCUGUGUCAGGAAGGUUGGAGAGCAGAUCAACCUCGUCAUCCCCUUUCUUGGAAAGCCCAAACCUGUGGUGUCCUGGCUUAAAGACGGAAAGCCAUUGGACACAAAGAGGGUCAACAUCAGGAACAGUGACAAGGACAGCAUCCUUUUUAUCCGCUCUGCAGAGAGGGAUGACUCUGGUGUUUACGAGAUGUCGGUCAAAGUGGACAGCUUUGAAGACAAAUCCGCCAUCGUCCUUCAGAUUGUGGAGCGGCCUAGCAAUCCUACCAGUAUGAAGCUGGUGGACUCCUGGGGCUUCAACGCAGCACUGGAAUGGACCCCUCCCAAGGACAAUGGCAACACAGAGAUCACUGGAUACACCGUCCAGAAGUCCGACAGGAAGACCGGGGAAUGGUUCUCAGUGCUGGAGCACUACCACAGGCUUAAUGCCACCAUCUCAGACCUCAUCAUGGGCAACUCAUACAUCUUCAGAGUGUUCGCUGAAAACCAAGUGGGCAUCAGUGAGACAAGCGCUGUCACCAAGGGGGUUGCCACAAUCCAUAAAACAGGUAUUUCCUACAAGCCUCCCGAGUACCAAGAGCGCGACUACAGCGAGGCCCCGAAGUUCACCACCCCCCUCAGUGACCGUUCUGCCACGGUGGGGUACACCACCAAGCUGCUGUGCUCAGUCCGUGGAAGCCCCAGGCCUAAGAUCGAGUGGUUGAAAAAUCAGAUGAUCAUCGGUGAUGACCCCAAGUAUCGUAAGCUCACUAACCAGGGUAUCUGCUGCCUGGAGAUCCGUAAGCCGGGCAACUUUGAUGGCGGCAUAUACACCUGCAGAGCCAAGAACCCCCAGGGAGAGGCCAUCGUCUCCUGCAAGCUGGAGGUCAAACAUAUUAUCCUGCCACAGGCUAGCAAGUAGAAGGAGAAAUAAACCACAACCUCCAGAGUGUCUUUAAAGGACUAGCAGAAGUCCAGGUCUUAUGUUUUAUGAAUGUUUGAGGAGGUGAUAGAAAGCCAUGGCUGCCUCUGCAGCAGUGUGUAUAUAAUGAAGAAAGGGACAGAACAACAUACCAACAUCUCCAUAUCUAUUUCCAACCCCACCCAUCCUGACUCACCCACUCCUCCCAGUAUUCGGGGAAGACCCACAUUGCACAACCCAUCCCAGUUGGCCAAUUGUUGUAUGUUAUUUAAGUAGGUGACAUGUGUGUAAGGCUAUAUUUAAAAUUAUUUCUGCCUGUGUCCAUCUGCUGUUUGUUACAGUAUGUAUAUCUUUAAAUACAUAUAUAUGUACUACUCAAUAAAACAGUGAAUCCUUAGACAUGCUACUGCAAUGGCUGUAUGGAUGUUUAAUAAAGAAAAUGAUUUUACUUUUUUUAAUGUGGAUUUCUAACAACAUUUCACACAGUGUUACACUUACUUUUAGGAUGGAUACAAUGUUGCUAAACAAUUGAUUUGGGGCU